CACGUGUAUCAGCUGGCGGGUCUUAACCAGGUAUCAUGAGGCCCGACUAGUCUCUGGUCGUUCCCCGCCUUGCGUGCUCGGAGGCUCCUUCUCUGCUGGGCAUGCUCUUGCUGGGCAAGGUACUCUGUUCAAGCAUGCCCGCGAUGAAGAAAGGAGCAGUGCCCAAGACGGCCGUGACCAAGCGUCGCUUCUUCGAAACCGCUGACUUGAAAGUCAUCCUCCGGCACGACGCGCGCGUUCAAGCCUCAUGGACAGACUCUGGCAGGAUGGAAUUGGUCUGUCCCGACGAGAAGCUAUUACUACAGGUGUGGCGGAAACGACGCGCUCGGUGCUCAUUCUAUUGCCGUACCGGAGAUGGAUCAAUCUCUCUGUCAUUACCUCGCAACUUUUGCGGAUACCUCACCCUGUACUCUCAACAUCCCGCACAAUUUUCACGACCACUCAGGAAACACGUUACGCUUCUCUCGGAAGAUCUCGGCGUCAGUCGCUAUUUUAUCGGCAAACAAUCGACUCAACAGGGAGGUGACGGGGAUCGAGCGUGGCCUGGUGACGAGAUCAUCGCUGACGCCGGUCGGUGGGGUAUCACGGUCUCACUGGUUGAGAGAUGUGCCUUUCUCCGGCAGCUGUAAAAUCUUGCUUUGUAACACCACU